AUUGCUCGAUCCCCCCCCCCUUCCAUUUGUGUCCUAUAUCAGCAUCUGCUCAUCACACUUUCCUCCUCCAACGUAUCGCUCUCUCUUUCUUCGCCUACUGGCUCAGCUCGGCUUCCGCUGCAUUGGCUGACCCAGGCGGACUUUUGCUGGCGAGCGUGGGCGAAAAAAAAAAAAAAAGAAGCGUAGCCCAUGCGAGCAGCGUGAGGGCCGAGUGCUGCUGUUUCCUUCAAAGCUGAGCCCCCAACAUGUGAGAAGAUGUCUGUUGGAGGUUGCGCUUGUCCCGGCUGUUCGUCAAAGUCAUUCAAGCUGUACUCUCCCAAGGAACCCCCCAACGGCGGCAGCUUUCCCCCUUUCCACCCAGGCGCUAUGCUGGACCGAGAUGUGGGGCCUACACCCAUGUAUCCCCCAUCAUAUAUGGAACCAGGAAUUGGGAGACCCACACCGUAUGGAAACCAGACAGACUAUCGUAUGUAUGAGCUGAACAAAAGGCUACAGAAUUGGACAGAGGAUUGUGACAAUUUGUGGUGGGAUGCCUUCACCACAGAGUUCUUUGAGGACGACGCAAUGCUCACAAUAACGUUCUGCCUUGAAGAUGGACCCAAACGAUACACCAUUGGUAGGACGUUGAUUCCCAGAUAUUUUCGGAGCAUCUUCGAGGGGGGUGCCACAGAGCUCUUCUACAACUUGAAGCAUCCAAAGGAGUCCUUCCACAGUAACUUUGUGUCUCUUGACUGUGACCAGUGCACCAUGGUGACCCAGAACGGCAAACCCAUGUUCACACAGGUUUGUGUGGAGGGCCGUCUGUACCUGGAGUUUAUGUUUGAUGACAUGAUGAGGAUCAAGACGUGGCACUUCAGCAUCAGACAACACAGAGAGGUCCUCCCCAGGAGCAUCCUGGCCAUGCAUGAUCCUCAGAUGCUGGAUCAACUGGCUAAAAAUAUCACCAGAUGUGGGCUCUCCAACUCCACACUCAACUACCUCCGUCUAUGUGUGAUAUUGGAGCCCAUGCAAGAACUGAUGUCAAGACAUAAGACCUACAGUUUGAGCCCCCGAGACUGCCUGAAGACUUGCCUCUUCCAAAAGUGGCAGAGGAUGGUAGCACCACCAGCCGAGCCGGCUAGACAAGCGCCCAACAAGCGGCGGAAAAGGAAGGUGUCUGGCGGCAGCACGGUGAGCUCCGGCGGGGGCGGCAAUAACAACAGCAACAGCAAAAAGAAGAGUCCAGCCAACAGCUUCUCCCUCUCCAACCAGGACGUGAUGAUGGUGGGAGAACCCACCCUGAUGGGAGGGGAGUUUGGUGACGAGGACGAGCGUCUGAUCACCCGACUGGAGAACACCCAGGUGGACGGGGCCAACGGCCUGGAGGAUGAGGACAGUUUCAGCAGCUCACCAGCGUUGGGGUCACACUCACCCUGGAACAGCAAGCCCCCCUCCAGUCAGGAGAGCAAGAAUGACAACUCCCAGUAGUCCCCCCAACAGGCUCUUAUUUGAGACAGGAGUUUGCAGGGAAGGCAGUUGUUUUGUUCAUUCAAAGAUGACAGCUGCGUGACUGAAGAGGGAGGGGUGUUCUUUCGUGGACGAGCCCAGGGUGGGCAAAGUAUGGCUUGGGCCACAUCUGGCCCUUUGCAGCCUUUAAUCCGGCCCGCCAAGCAAGAAUAUAACCAUUUUUUACCCCCAAAAAGUAAAAUGCAUUUAUUUUUGUAAUUAAUUUAUCUCAUUAAAAAUGUUCUAUUUUUUGGUAAAUAAUAAAAACAAAACUGUUUGUAAAAUAAACCAUCUAUUUAUUUAAUUUAAUAAAAAUAAAUGUAAUUAUCCAUUCAUCCAUUCUAUGCCACUUAUCCUUUCUUGAGGGUCACAGAUUAACCGGAUCCUAUCCCAGCUGACUUGUGGCAAAAUUCGCACUACACCCAGGACUGGUCGCCCGCAGUCAGUCGCAGAGCACAUAUAGAGAUGGACAACCAUUGACACUCACAUUCACACCGUCACUGAGUGGGAACUCAACCCACCCUGUCUGCACCGACGUUAGGCGAAAGUAGUGGUACUUACCCCACCCGUGAUGUGACUGAUAGUUAAUCAAUUAUAAAUCAUAAAAUAUUAAUUAAUAAAAUACAUUUUACAUAACUUACAAAAUAUUAGUCUAAUAAACAAGUUUAUUUUAUUAAAUGAUUGGUUAAGAUAAUUAAAUUUAUUAUAAAGUAGACGUGCACCAAUUAAUCAACUAUUUUGGUAAUCGAUUAAUCGUUUGGAGACAACUUAAAUUUGUCAAUCCUUGGAGUUUCAGGCUCUCAAAAGUAAAUAUUCUCAGAUUUCUGUAGUCUUUCAUUGAAGCAGAGUGAUUAUCUUUGUGUUUAAUCAAAAUAAGACUUUUGCAAACGUCCGCUUUUACUUUGGACAACAAUGACAACAUUUUUGCCCAUUUUUUUGACAUUUUAUGGACAAACCCAGUAACUGAAUCAUAAGUAAUUAUGUUUGCAUUUUUUUUGCACCGUUAAUUUGAAAAGAUGUCCUACUUUUGAAUAAAGGGAUGGAAAUAAAAAAAAUAUUUUUGUUUUAUCUGAUUAAUUGAAACCAUAAUCGACAAAUGAGCUAUUAAAAUAAUCGUUAGUUUUAGCACCACUAUAAACAAUAACAAUAUUUUAUUAUUAUAAUAAUCUUUUUACAUAAAAUACAAAUAUUAGUAAAACAAACCAUUUAAAAAAAAAAAAAAGUAUUUUAUGAAAUGGUUAAUGGAGCUUUAUUAAUUUACAUUUUAAAAUUAGCUUGAAUUACUAUUUUAUUCAAAUAAGCUACAUGAAUAUUAGCUGAAUAAAGAAUUUAGCAUUUUUAAUUUAAAUACAAUAAUCAAACAGUAUUUUAAAAUUAACUAUUUUAUUAAAAUCAAUGAUUUUAAAUACACAACUUUUUUUCUUUUUUUUUAUUUUUUUUUUAUUUAAACGUCUAUAAACGACCUGGCCCAUGUCCUGUGUUGAAACUCAAACGUGGCCCUUGAGUAUGAAGUUUGCCCACCCCUGGACUACUGCAGACAGUCACAUGCUGCUUCACAUUGCACAUGCUCAGUGGUGCUCAAGCCCAGCCCUCGUCUGCUCAGGUGCACCCGGUGGCGGCCGCGUGUGUUUAGUGUGUGUGCGCCCACUGUGGCGUUUCAGCCACAGUCGCCCCGUAGUCCCGAGCGCUCGUCAUGACCGCCGUGUUCCGUGGGUUCUUGUUCCAACCUCGGGUCUCUGGGGCGUGUCCUCCUCGACAGCGGCCCCCUUCGCUGCUUCUGUUGUGCUCAUGUCACAGGAAAAAGAAAUGUCAAUUUUUUUUUUGUUUGUUUGUGUUGCAGGCUGCAGAAAAAGUGUGUGCAUUCUUUUAAGUAUCAAAAUUCCUCAUCCGCUUCAUAAAACUCAAUUAUUUGUUU